UCAACGGAAUUUGACAAAACUAAAACCAUAUGAAAAUAAUUUAAAAAUGAAAAUAUUCCCGCCAAUUGUAAUUUGUAUUCAUAGUCCCUUAAUGCUCGUAUUUUUCAUAUUUUUAAAUAAUGGCAAAUUUUGAAAAUAAAAGAUUAUUAUCUUGUGUUGAAAAUUCUCCCACAAAAAGUUUUCAAUCCCCCAAAAAACAACGCACAGAAGUCAAUAAUGUCGUCCCAAUGGACAACGGCUUCCCCGAAAACGAAAAUUACGAUUUCCUCUUCGACGACGACGAUGGUGGCUUCGACAUCCUUGAUGAUUGCAAACAACCCCAGCUCGAUCUCCUCAAUUGGUGUCGAUGCAUAGUUAAAAGUGUUGAAAGAGAAAAAAAGACAUAUCAAUUAAUUCUUAAGCUUCGCGGGGAGGAUGAACCUACGAAAGAAGCUGAACUACGUCUCCAAGGUCCUUGGUGUCAAACUAAACUAACACCCGAUGAACUUGUUUCGGUUCAAGCUGUCUGGGAUGAUUGUCAUCAGUGCUUCAAAGUGGACAAAGAUAAUGGAUUCAUUAUAACCAAACCGGAUACAUUGAUUUCGGGUACUUCUGUGGUUGGAGCACUUUUCUGUCAGCGCAAAGGGGUUCUUCAAGAUCGUUUCCGUGGCCUGGAGGGAAACAAUAAAAUUAUGUUCAUUGGUUCAUUAGUCCAUGAGAUUCUCCAAACCGUUCUCGCAAAAUCCCUCAGAACCCGCCAAGAAAUCGAAAACGUUUCCAAGCAAAUCCUCGAAUCCAAACAAACUAUGUAUUCGCUGUACGACUGCAAGAUGAAUCGUCAAGAAGCUUUCAUCGAAGUCCAGAAAUUUACGGAGAACAUAUUCAAAUUCGUUCAACAAUACGUCCAAGGGAAACAACCAGAAGUGCUCCCAGCAGGUAUGUUUAAGGAGAAAAUUGAUCAAAUAAAAGACAUCGAAGAGAAUCUUUGGAUACCCCAACUGGGACUUAAGGGAAAAGUUGAUGUUUCAGUGAAGAUUCACCGUAAUUCCUCGAGGAAUGUGCUUCCUCUUGAGUUGAAAACCGGUCGGGCGUCAUUCUCGCUCGAACAUAAAGGUCAGUUGAUUUUAUACCAAAUGAUGCUGACUGCAGCCGGUCAAGAUACCGACUCCGGAUUGCUUCUCUAUUUGCGAGAAGGAAUCAUGAGAGAAAUCCAUGGAACCCGCAACGAGAAGCGAGAUCUGAUAGUCCUCCGUAAUGAACUCAGUUAUUAUCUAAGUCGAUACUUGGAUGCAUCGAAGGAUAAGAUCCAAGAGUACCUGGCACUACCUAAAAAACAAUUCGCCCCUUUCGAGCUGCCUGACCCGGUAUCUCAUCCGAGUGCUUGUGGAAAUUGUGCAUACGCAACCAUUUGCUCGGUAUUUGGUAAGGCUGAUCCAAGUUUCGAACUUUCCCAGACACAUCCUCUUUGUAGUGUGUCCGAAGCAACAACACAACAUCUCACUCAGGACGACUUGUUUUACUUUACGAAGUGGUGUGGUCUCCUUUCCCUGGAAGAACAAGAAGCAAAGAAGUCCAAUCACUUACGAAGCAUAUGGCGAGAUUCACCAAAGACCAGAGAGAAAAGUGGGAGAGCAAUUACUGAAUUGUGUCUUAAGAGUGUGGAAUCACUGCAUGAGGGAAGGUACCAACAUUGUUUUCACUUGAAAGAGAGCCACUUCAUAGACAUCACAACUUUCGAGAUAUCGCUUGGUGAAUAUGUGAUUGUAAGCACCACGGAGCGUGUGUCCAUUGCAUCAGGGUUCGUCUAUGAUCUUUCCCAACACAGCAUAACCAUAAAUCUCGAGAGGAAUCUGGAGAACAACUACAAAGGAAAGACAUUCAUUGUGGAUAAGCAUGAAUCACAGUCAGAGCAGAUCUUCAACUACACCAAUUUGGGAGUUCUCCUGGACAACUGCGAGAACAGUAACCAGUUGCGAUCGAUAAUUAUACAACGUGUGCAGCCAACCUUCACCAAACAAGUAUCCAAAAAUGUUCUCUCCGAAACUGGACUUGCGCUUUUGGGAUCCUUGAAUACUAAUCAACGGAAAGCUGCAAUGGCAGCUUUAACCACAGACAGUUUUAUGUUGAUCAAGGGUCUCCCAGGAACGGGUAAGACCCAAACUCUUGUCGCUAUUGUUCGCCUGCUGAAUCUCAUAGGAAAAACUAUGAUCAUCACAAGUCAUACUCAUUCGGCUGUGGACAAUUUACUUCUGCGUUUGAAGCAAUUUAUGGAUUUGAAGAUAAUUCGUCUGGGAUCAGAUUCAAGGGUUCAUCCGGAUCUGAAGGAAUACUCUGAAAGAGUUCACACAGCCGAGUGCAGCAAUGAAGAUGAACUGGCUCGGGUUUAUUCUUCGUUUGAUAUAGCAGCUGUAACGUGUCUCGGAGCUGGGCACACGAUCUUCACCCAUCGCAAAUUUGACUACUGCAUUGUAGACGAAGCUACACAAGUCCUCCAAGCUACUGCCCUGCGUCCAUUAUUUUUCGCUUCGAAGUUUAUUUUAGUGGGAGAUCCUGAUCAGCUGCCGCCUUUGAUUCGUUCGAAGGAAGCUCGAGCCCUUGGAGCUGAUGAAAGUUUGUUUAAGCGAUUGGAUUCCCCUCAUGCUACCUCCGUCCUGUCGCUGCAGUACCGCAUGAAUAAAACCAUCACCAAGUUGGCUAAUGAGUUGACUUAUAACGGCGAGUUGAAAUGUAACGAUGUCCAAGUGUCCAGUGGAGUCAUGAAAUUGGAGAAACCCAUAACUGCAGCGAAAUGGAAGCAAAGAGCUCUCCAGAGUCAUAUUGAUCAGUCAGUUGUAUUCAUCGACACUUUGGACUGUCUCGAGAGAACCAAUAGAUUUGGCAAUCUGAGGAGAAACUCUGAGGAGGAGAACAUCACCGAAGAAGACCGCUCUCAAAACGCAAAACUCUUCAAAUACACAAACUAUUGCGAUGCUGGUGUGAUUUUCGAAUUGGUCAAAGAAAUUCUCCAAACCGGUUUCGAUGGAAGUCGCAUUGGAAUUAUCGCUCCCUAUCGGGCACAAGUAGAUCUCUUGAAUAGAAUCGCCUGUGGAUACAGCGAAUCAAUGAGUGAUCUUGGUUUUUCCAAUGUUGAGGUUAACACUGUUGAUCAAUACCAAGGACGAGAUAAAGAUGUUAUAUUCUAUUCGUGUACUCGUACGGGAUCGUCAUCGUGCAAGACCUUGGAGAAGAGUAAGGGUGUGGAAAUUCUGGAGGACAAACGUCGUCUUACUGUGGCCAUCACCAGAUCCAAACACAAAUUGAUUAUUGUUGGUGAUUCGGCUUGCCUGAAACAGUAUACUCCGUUCUAUGAAUUGCUUUCGAAGAUUCCAAGCUCUUGUAAGUUAACAGUGGAAGAAGGUAAAAACGGAUUCAGUUGGGAGACUAUUUUCGGCGGUGUCAAAGAAGUUCUUAAAUGAAAUCACAUCGAAUUAGAUUUGUAAGUUUAUUUAUAUGGACAUUUUAUAUUAAGUUUGUUUAUGACUUUAUACAGUUUGCGCAUUUUCUUCUAUUUUGUAAAGAAAUUAAUUUUAUUUGUUUGUUGUUUUCUGUCUUUUGAUACACACAA